AUGAGAAGGAAAUAUUUGCUUAUCGAAGCCUGGGAAUUGCUUAUGGCGAAAUUUUUACGCCUACACAUCAGAGGAAUUCGAAGUGUCGGUGAUGAGGACCACGAUGUUCACAAAAUUGAUUUCCUCUCUCCGUGCACACUAAUCAGUGGACCAAAUGGAACAGGAAAAACGACCACCAUCGAGGCACUCAACUUUGUAACCACCGGACAAAUGCCUACACAGAAGAAACAGAACUUUAUUCACAGCACAGAUGUAGCACGCAAAACUCGUGUUGAUGCCUCAGUUACUCUCGAAUUCAUUGAUGUCAAAGGACGAGAGUGUACAGCUGUACGGAGACUUGUUGUGACAUCAGGAACGAAAGCUGCAGCACUAGCAGAAGAACACACAUUAGCUAUAAAAUAUCCUGAUGGCACAGUCAAUACUCUGAGCAGCAAAGUUUGCGACUUCAACACUGCACUUUUAAAACAUUUAGGCGUCCCGAGAGCAGUUUUCAAAUAUGUAAUUUUCUGUCAUCAAGAAGAUUCGACUUGGCCACUCAGUGAACCAAAAGAACUGAAAAAACGUUUUGAUGACAUCUUCCAACUGACAAAAUUUGUGAAAGCACAGGAACGAAUGAAAAAAAUUGUGCUGGAUUUUAAGAAAGAAAUGCAAACCCACGAGAUGUCUAAACAACUCUACGAGACUCAUGUUAGGGAUAAACUGGUCGCUAGACAAAACCAAGAAGAAUGUGAGAGAAAAAUAUCGAAACGGAAAGAGGAAACUGAUGAGCUGAAAGAACGAAAAGCCAAUGGACAGAAGAAGAUAGAAGAGAUGAGAACGUCUAUUCACGAACUCGAGGACACAUUAACUUCGUUCAAGAAAACUGAAUUGGAGAGGCAAAACUUGAAGAAACAGCUUUCUCUCAUUCGUGUGGAGCCCUAUUUUGGAACUGAAGAAGAGUUGAAGAGAGAAAUUGAAGAAUUCCGUGGUUCUGAAGGACGCAGCUAUGGUGAAGAACGGGCCAGAAUCCAGAAAAAAAUUGGUAAAAAUAAUCAGGAACGACAGGAGUUGUCGCAAAAGAAAACUGAAUUCGAGAACAGAAUUUCAAGUUUAAAAGCUGAAGUUAUUCACUGCCAAUCACUGAAGUAUGACCUGGAACGACUAGAAAAUCAACUUCGUUCCGAACUCGAUCUUGAACACGAUGCGGAUAUUGACAUUGAAAUUGAUAACGCUAUCACAUUGAAAAUUCGAGGAAUGUCUGAUAAAGCACGAAUGAUUGCAAAGAACUGUGCCGAACUUCAAUCCAAUCUGCGAACAGCACAAGAAGCAGCUACAAAAAUUGAAGUAGAAAUGAAAACUCUUCAAAACGAAAAAGUCAAACUGGAGAAAGAAGUAGAACAGCUGAAAUUCAAAAUCAAACAAGGACAGAAUGCCACUGCAGGCAUGAAGGAUCUUCUGAAAAAAGAAGAAGCUCUGAGAAAAAGUCUUGCUGACCUUCCAUUACUCGACGAGAAUGCACUGACAGAAUGCAAACUCAAGCGAGAGAAAUACCUAAAACAAUUGGACAUUCUGAAAAAGAAGUGCGCCGAGGCUGAAAAGAAUGCUGAGAAAGACAGAGAAAAAGAAUCCUUGAAACAAACUCUGUCUAUUGCUCGAAAAAAGAUGACUGCAUAUCAAAGGAUAUAUGAUAACAAUUGGCAAGGAUUGAUUGGACAGGCUCCCGAUUUUCCAUGGACUCCAAUUCUAUCGAAGACUUUCCACAAAUUGAGGAAUGAUAAGAAAAUCAUGGAAGAAGAUCUUCGAGAUGUUCAAUUAAACGUCCAAAAGCUUGAAACCAUGCAACAUCAGUACAGGAAGCAAGAGGAAAGUCUAACAGCACAGGAAUUGAAGUUGAGUGAAAACAUUUUCGAAGCUUGUUCGUGUGAAGCUGAAGAAGUCUCCGAGAAAUUGGAAAAUCUUCGAAAGCGUCUGAAGAAAGCCCGAAAAGAUUUAGCGCCUCUCAGUGCAAAAUCAAAUCUCUACGAUUCUUAUAUCGAAGAAAGCAAAAGCAGUGGUUGCUGUCCACUUUGUGAUCGUGACUUCAAGACAAAGAAAGAAAUAAAUGAAUUCUCAAAGAAGCUUGAAAAUAUGACACUUAGUUUUCCCACUGAACAGGAAGAAUUGGAGAAAUUAGUUUCGAAAUUGGAAAAAGAAGAAAUAAUUAUUGUGAAAGCAGAAGGACAAGCAAACGAACUGCAGAGAAUAGUAAAAGAACUAAAGGAAGUUCGAGAGAAAAACAGAAAGCUGUCUACUGAAAUGGCGGAAGAGAAAUCGAAUCUUUCUAAAAACGAAAAACAACUGGAAACCGUGAAUGCUAAACUCAAAUUAGCUGAAGAUUUGCAAACAGAUGUUGGUGUAAUUCAACAACUCUAUGAACAAACAGAAGAGAACGAAAAGAGAUAUGAGCAACUUGUUUCUGAAUCUGAUUCUUCGGAUGGCCUCAGCUACACCGAACUUCGGAAGAAAGUUGAAGACAAAGAUGAAGAAUAUCGUAAGAUUGUUCAAGAAGGAGAAGAACUUCAGAAGUGUUCUGAGGAAAGAAAUAAACUUCAAUCAAAACUGAAUGAGCUCGGAACUCACCGAGUUUCUUUGGGAGAAGCUGCUGCACAGGCUGGUGCUUUCGCAGAACAAUUGGAAACUAAGAUAAAAGAGAUUCAAGAGUGUAUUACGGCAAUCUCGCAAAAAAGAAAUGAAGAUCUUCCGGAUGCUCAGUUCAAGAAAGAUGAUCUCACAAGAAAUGUUUCCAGUAAAGAAGAAGAGAAGAAAAAAGCUGAAAUGGAAGUGCAGAUGAUGAAAAAGGAGUUGGAUCAAAAAAUUUUCCAUCGGAAAUCGCUGUUUAAAAAAGUCCAGGAAGGCGGUCUGUGCGAAAGACAACUCAUGGAUAAGGAAAAUAAUAUUGCAACUCUGAAUGCCAGCUUAGAAGAAAAUCAGCAACGCCAAAAACGUUUCGAAGAAGAUCUCCGUUCGUUCGAUAGUUCACAUCAACGCGAGUCAAUUCUAAAAGAUCAACUUACUCGAAUGAUUAUCGAAAAUAAGAUAAAAGAGUUGAAAAGAACAUUGGCCACAUUCGAUGGACAAAUAAAUGAAGAUCGCAUAACUGAACAAAAACAAGCUUAUAACAAACUUCAAAAUGAACUUCGCUUGAUUGGAAACGAAGAAGUGAAAAUAUACACUCAGAUGCAAGAGUACGAGAAGCAAAAAAAAAUUGCGGAAGCAAAAUUGUCAACGAAAGAGUGUCAGAAUGCUGAAUCGAAUUAUCGUGAUGCUAUCAUAGAACUGGCAAUUACUAAAGAAUCUAUCUCUGAUUUAACGAAGUAUAGAAAUUGUCUUGAUGCUUCACUCAUCCAAUUUCAUUCUGAAAAAAUGGGCAGGGUCAAUGGAAUCAUUGAUGAUCUAUGGAGAAAAGUAUAUAAUUCCACGGAUAUUACUACAAUCAGGAUUAGAUCAGAUGCUACUUCUGAGACUUCUUCAAAGAAAGUCGCAUACGAAUACAAUGUUAUGAUGGUUCAUGAAACUGGCACCGAAGUUGAGAUGCGUGGACGCUGCAGUGCUGGUCAAAAAAUGCUUGCUUCGUUGCUUAUUCGCAUUGCACUCGCAGAAGUAUUCGGUGGUUCAUGCUCGAUGAUUGCGUUGGAUGAACCAACAACAAAUUUGGAUGAGAGCAAAGUGGAAGGAAUGGCUAUCGUUUUGGCAGAUAUAAUUGCUGAAAGACGCGGAUUCGAUGAAAAUGGAAAGUUGAGAGGAAGAGAUAUGCAGAUGGUAGUAAUCACUCACGAUGAGCGACUCGUCAACAGGAUCACAAUCAGUUGUCGUCCAGAGUAUAUUUAUUGUUUGGGGAAGGACGAGCACGGAAUAAGUUUCCUUUCGAAACGUUAUCCAGAUGGAACAGUGAAAAGAGUUAAUACGAAGAGACGGUUCUAGAAUGGUAUUGAAGAAUCUCAAUAGUACAAAUAAUAUUUUACGGUCUCAAAAUUGAUUCGCUCACCUUUUAAUUAUGUUUUAUGCUUUGUCAGAUCAUUCCCGAGUUUCCAAAUGUUGUUACCUCAUGUUUUAUAUUUUACGAGAUGAACCCGAUGCAUCGGCCGAUGUGAAAUG